AUGAAGUUAAAUCCUACUCAUAAAAUUUUUAUAUCAGAAGGUUGUAAUGAUUGGAAGAAUGCUUUUUCAAGAUUUAAAUUAGACCAAACAAGUAAACUUCAUCUUAAUUCAACUUAUGUUAUGAAUCAAGAAUUAAGAGCAACUGUAGUACUACAACUAUUGUCAUCAACCAAAAAGCAUCAAGAGCAACGACGACAAGCAUUUUUUAUCAAAAUCUCAUCUAUUAUGUAUUUACUUCGCCAAGGACUUGCUCUACGUGGUCAGUCGGAUGAAAACUGUAAUUUGAUUCAACUAGUAAAACUUCGAAGUAUUGACCAAGAUUGUUUGAAAGAUUGGAUUGAUAACAAAAAAUAUUUAUCACAUGAUAUCGUCAAUGAAAUAUAUAAAGAAAUCUAUUUAACAAUUAUUCGAGAUAUUGUUAAAGAAGUAUGUGAAAUUUAG